CUCAAUCAAUUGUCCAUUCAUGGAGCAUGAUUAUGCUCAUCAAUAAUUGUCAACAAUUCCAUCCCAAUGUUUAACCUGACAUUUUAUGGUUAGACUCCUAGUAAUUUUCACUUUUAAGGGUUGUCGAUUUUCACAUGAAAACUGGGCGACCAGCGUGACUGAAAAACUGGCAACCCUGUAAAACGGAGUCAGUCCUCCAUACGCCGCGUAGGAUUACGUUGUGCGCUAUUAAAGUGGCUUAAAAUCUCGCUACCGUCUCUAUACGUACAUACUAUAGAAAAACACGCUGAAAUAAUUGUCGGUAGAGUUCGGUGCUAGGCGUCGCGUUCGGGACUGCUUCGGCGAGUUUUUUUAGCAAUAGUACCCGCUGGCUAACAAACACGAUAAACAGCAGAUAAACAGUGAAUCUGCCUCUCCGUGCUAAGUGUAGUUCGGUAGUGAGUGGUGUGGUUGUGGUGAAUUGAGAAAACUUCAUACUCUUCUGGAGACAGCUAAAUGCCUACCAAAGUACCCAUUG